GAUAACUGAUUUCAGCCAACCAAACAGGAUCGACCUCUCUCUCUCUCUCUGUUUCCCUCUCCCAGCCCUCUCUACACGCAGACGCUGCGCCAGGGGAGAGGCAUGUCACAGCUGAACGCCAGCCAGCCCUCCUCCAUCCGCCUGAAAAACAAGCAGAGCGCGAGCCCUUUCCCCCUUUACGCACGGGCUCUGGGGUGCUUUUACGCGCAGCGCGGAGACCAAUCGCUUGAUUUCUGCUUCUGGUGACCAUUUUGUUUGUCAUUCGCUGGUGGCGACGAUGAUUCCCAGUCCGGUCGUAGCUUCUUCCACCACGCCCUUUUCCGUGAAGGAUAUAUUGAAGCUGGAGCUCCAGCAGCAGUCUCAGCAGCACCAGCUCCAGCUGAUCUCCUGCUUCGGGAUGUCCGGCGCGCUGCAGCAGCAGCCGACGGCUUUCGGCUCGCACUCACCGCCCUCCUGCAUGCUGGCGGGCAGAGACAGCCCGAGUCCCAUCAGCUCCUGCCUGUCGGAGAGCGAGGAGAGGAUGUCGUUCCUCGGCGCCCUGAGCGUCCAGGACCGGCUGGCUGAGGCCGGAUUACCGGUGGAGGUGUUCGGGAACUCGGUUCAGACUCAGAGCCACCCUGCAGACCUGCGGCUGGAGGCCGAGCCGGAGGAGCCUGACAGCAAGAGCUGCGUUGCGUUAGGAGGAGACUGUGAGGAUCCGGACUCGGAGAAAUCCGCCGCCAAGCAGCAGAGGACCCGCAGGAAGCCCCGCGUCCUCUUCUCCCAGGCCCAGGUGUUCGAGCUGGAGAGGCGCUUCAAGCAGCAGCGCUACCUGUCCGCCCCUGAAAGGGAACACCUGGCCAGCUCCCUGAAACUCACCUCCACCCAGGUCAAGAUCUGGUUCCAGAACCGGAGGUACAAAUGCAAGAGGCAGCGGCAGGACAAGACUCUGGAGAUCGCAGGUCACCACCAUCAUCAUCAUCACCCUCCGCCGCCGCCGAGGAGGGUGGCUGUGCCGGUGCUGGUGCGGGACGGGAGGCCCUGUCUGACCGGAUCCCAGAACUAUAACCCACCGUACACGGUCGGAGCUGCGAACCCGUACAGCUACAACGGCUACCCGGCCUACAGCUACAACAACUCGGUGUAUUCCAACACUUACUCCUGUUCUUAUUCGAGUUUACCCGCGCUUCCUCCAAACAGCACCCCGGCUAACACUUUCAUGAACAUGAACCUGGGAAACCUGGGUGCCCAGACGCAAAGCCAGGCUCCCCAAGCCCCGGUGGUCACCCCCUGCCAAGGAACACUGCAGGGGAUCCGGGCCUGGUAGCUAAGACUUUACAUUUCACCACAUCACCAUGGAUGGAUGGAGAAAUGGACUGAAGCCUGGUGAAGGCAGCAACAUAAAAAACGUCUAUGAAGUAACCUUAACCCGCUCAUUGAACUAAAUAAAACACACUCUUUGCAUUGUUUGUUUGAAACUCUUGGAAAGCGUGUUGGAUUUGUGUUAUUAGUGUUACCGACGCGUUAGUUUGUGCGUGAUGGUGCAAAACGGAUGUAACGUUCUGCAAAAAAAGAGAACUUGUAUAAAGCAUGUAUUUUAUAGGCAUUAAAUAGCAUUUGAUUUAUAUUAGGUGUUAUUAUAAUUAAACCAUUAAGUAUGUUUAGUCAUUUUUACAAAACGUUGUUUUCACAUCCACAAAAAAGGCAACAAUUUGCGCAAAAAGCGCAAUGUAAACUAAUAAAAACUGUAUUAUUUUUCA